AUGAGUUCGUCAUCCUCGAGAAGACAUAGUACAAGAAGUACCAACCCUAUACAUGGACGUAAUCAUAGAGAACCAUCAUCGGCAUCACAUUCUAAUAAUACACCUGAUGAACAAAUUUCUGACGAUAGCGUUAUAGAAUCAGACGACGAGUCAAUGGGAAUAGCUGAAGAUAUGUUGGAGUUGGAGGAAGAAGAAGAAGAAGUAGAGGUAGAGGAAGACGAGGAAUUAGAGGAAGGAUUAAUUAUGAGGGAAGAGGUUGAUUUUGAUAAUGAAGGGGAAGAAGAGAGUAGUGAAGAGGUGGAGGAGGAGGAGGAAGAUGAAGGUCAAAGUGAUUAUGAAGAAGUUGUUACGAAGAAAUCGUCAAGAGGUGUAAAGAAUUUAUACCAACUAAAACAAACCUCACUACAAACUACACUAGUAGUAGUAGCUCUUCAAGAAAAAGAGGGAGGUGAGGACGCGAUAAAUAUUCGACGUGUAUUAACGAAAAGACAACGAGCAAAACUUGAUGAUAAUUAUGAAGAGGAUUUACUCGAACUUCCCAUGGAAGAAGAAAUAGCAUUAAAGAAAUCGGAAAUAGCAAGGAAAAGAAAGCAUCAGAGUAUACAACGAGCUGAACAAGACAAGAUCCCCAUAAAAUUUGAAAAAGGUCCAAAGUAUCCUCCACCAAUUCCAUCAUGUUCAUUAUCCGGUUGUGAUAAACCUAAAAAAUAUCGUAAUGUAAAAAAAUUUGAAGAAUUUGCUUGUUCAAUGGAACAUUUGAAAUUAUUAAGUUCAUAA